AUGCCUAGCAGCAGCAGCAACUUCAAAAAAGGACCAGACCAGGCGGAAGAAGCAAAGUUAGUCUGCUAUCGGGGGCGCUUCGACGAUGAUCUGACCUGGCGAAUAGGAAGCAGAGAUGCCGCUGCGGAGGCCUGUGAUGCUUCGCCUGUGCCAGUCACAUCCGUAUCCAUGCAGCAGGCGAAUCAGAGGCUCAGGAUGGCCUUUGACGGGAGACAGGGAUGUGAGCCAGAGCCAAAGGAAGUUGAAGGAAGGACAAGCAGAGCAGAGGUCGAAAAAGCGCAGAGAGAGACAGAGAUCGAGAGAGACAAGAGUCGCUGCUGGUCGAAGGCUUACAGGGGCGAGUCUUCUAUCACAUCGUUUAACCGCCCAACAUUCCCAGCCAGACGGUUAGGCCGGUGCUAUUGGCUGUGCUCGACUGGCAAAGGGGACUUCUCUUCGCUGCUAAAGAAGUUGACCUCUUCUUUAUUUAACUACUUUGCUUCUUCAUCUCGACUGAGGCCGGCGGCUAGACAGACUGCUAUUACAACCAUCUCUCCUCCUCGUCGUUGUUCGUCGUCGUUCGUCGUUAUCAAACUCGACUCUUUCAGCCGUCCAUAUCAAAAAGACGACAGACACCUCAUCAUGAGGACGCACUUCUCGCUAGGACCCUUCAUUGGAGUCUUCCUGACUCUCGCCUUUGCGACCCUCGCUGCAAAGGGACACACGGUCAUCGUCUACCCGGGAUGGAGAGAGAACAACCUGCACAGCAACGGCACCGUCGACGAGACCAACGGCGCCGGCGUGGCCAUCAGAUCAAACACCUCUGAGCUGCUAUAUCCAUACGGCAUGCAAUGGAUCUACCCAUGCGGCGGCACAGUAACCAGCACGAACAGAACAAAAUGGCCCAUCAAUGGCGGUGCCAUCUCCUUCCAGCCAGGAUGGUUCCCCGGCCACAAGACCGCACUCAUCUACAUCAACCUGGGCAUGGGCACUACUCCCCUCAACAUGAGUCUGCCCAUGGUCCCGCCCUUCCAGAUAACCGGUCCAACCGUUGCCCCGUACCCAGGCACCUUUUGCCUCCCCCAGGUUCCACUCCCAGCCAACAUCAGCGUUAAAGCAGGCGACAACGCUACAAUCCAGGUCGUCGAGGCUGCCCGUCACGGCGCCGUCUUAUACAACCUGCAGUGCGUCGACAUCACCUUCGCUGAACCAAGUGAGGUUGAGCCGGUGACAAGAGAAAACUGCUUCAACUCGACCAACAUCACCUCCAGCACCAUCUACGCCAUCCCCGACAAGCCUACCAACGCAGCCCAUGUCACUGCCGUCUUUACCGCGUUGGGGGUAAUGCCUCUCCUUCUUGCCGGCUAUUACUUUAGCAUCAUGCUGUAA